AUGAUCAACAUUCUUGUUUUGGCGAUGACAGAGACUCAUGGGUAAGUUUAAAGGAAAGAUUCAUAAUGAAACUUGUUGAGCAUUACUUGCUCCCAUAUCUGCUGAAUGUUAAAAAGGACUUUAUGUAAGUAUACAUUACAACUGAUGAAGGGCAUAUGUGUUUAAUUCGUCUGGUAUGGUAUCUGAGCAAAUGGGACUUGGUUAUUUGUUUUUUCUUUCAAGAUUAGUAACCAUGUUCAUUUUCUUAAGGAACAUUAUUACAACCCUAAUAGUGGAGAAGGGUACCUCUCGUAUAGAAUCAAAACCGUUCAGAGGAAUUUGGCUUCAUCUGAGAAACAGCCCACUCAACUAUACCCUGGAGCGCCAACUGCUGAGAGGGAGUCCAGUCCAUCCACUUUGGUUACCGUGAGUGAAGACCAGUGCAGAGAGGCCAUUUCUCUUUUGAAGUAUUCUUCUGAUGAAGAAACAGUCAAACAGAAGAUUAAAUUGACCUUUGAGUACAGGAAGAAGAUGACCCACGACCCGAGUAAAUGCUCCACCAUCCUAACCAAAUUUCCACGCUUUCUGGAUGUGAAGAGCUUG